GCACAAUGUAAUGGCCGGACCGAGUGUGUGUAACUUAACGCUAUCGUGUCGGGGAUAUUCAAGAUGUACGCUGUCCGGAGUGUGCUGGUCAAGUGUGGAGAUUCCCAGAAGCCGGUCCGGCUGAAGGAACCGUGGACAAGACAGCACCUCAUGACGGUUAUUGUGGAGCGGUUCAACUUGUCCCCUGCCACGCCCACUCUGCUGCAGGUCUAUGAUCCCAGCUGGGAAGCGUAUGUUGACCUUGAAGAUGGCGAUGACAUCCCUGACCGCAGCAGAGUCACCUGCAUCGUCAACCCCAACAUCUACAGCUCCGACAUGAAACUCGACCAGUGUCCUAACCGAGGAGUGACCUCUCAUAGCAAAGACAUCCGGAUCACUUACACGAAUAAUGUUUCUCCCAAGUUUGACUCGGUGAAGUCUGAGAAAUGCGUGCAGUUGCCUUACGGGCGACAGUACUCAGAACACAGCGUAAAAAUACCAUUCCAAACUAAUGAACGAUCAUUUUAUGCACAUCCAGUUCAAGAGAACAAUGUACUUGGUGACAGACCUGUGCUUCUUACACAUGAACCGGAAGCUGAUGCCCUUCCCUCAGCGCCACCUGGAGUUUCUGUGCCAACCCCCACAUCACCCUUUUCGGCCGGAAGUCCGGCUCAGGACGAACCCGAAGAUGCAGACGGGCCCCUCACUAUUGAUCUGUCUGGUGAAGAGUUAGUUCCCUUGUCUGAUGACGGGCAGAAUGACCCAGAAGACCUGGAGUAUAUGCCUGAGGUGCAUUUCCAGACGUCAUCCUGGCCGUGUCCUUAUGUUCUUCCGAGUGACAUAUUUCCUCAGAAGUUGAAGAGAGCGCUAGAGAACCAGGAGCAGCUUGACUGGUCCUUGAGGCACAUCCUGGUCCAGGGGAUCGCCGACUCCAUCUUGAGGUACACCACCUAUCCUUCACAGUCUCAGAAGAAAGAGGUCAUAUCUGCUCUGUUUGAAAGGUACCCCUACCUCGCUAUCGACGGAGCAAACAGCUUCAAGCGGUGGAAUCACAUCUUCACGGAGAAAUUCAAGAACAUACGGCGAAAGAUGAACACACCGGAAGUUGUCAGGCGGAAGCGGAAGCGCAGUGAAGAAAGGCAGUCUGAAUUUCCGGCUGUGGUUGAUGCCAGAUUUGUCACUGGAUUCGUCAAAAAUGACGCUUUGGACGAUGAAUCUUUGGACAUUCAGGUUUACGAGAACUCCUCACCCAUCAAUACAUCACACACUGACGACAACAGCCAAGAUAAAGACCCAGCGCAUCAGGCAGAGGAAGCCCUGCACCCAUCCUACUUCCAUUCCACAAAUAGACAAUCCAUAAACGACGCCUUUAGCUCCAACCCUAGACGAGAAGAGAUCAUAUCCCAGUUUGAAAACAGCUUCGGAAACAAUCCUCUAAGUUGGCCCCAUCCGUACACAUUACCAAAGAAGCUGUUUCCUCCCGUUCUGCUCAACGCUCUGGAAUCAAAGCAAGUUUUAGACGGACCUAAAAUGAACCUUCUGAUUCGGUGUUUGUCUGACGGGAUCCAGCCCUACACGAUCAUCCCGAGUGUGAAACAGCGGGAGGAGGUUGUGGAGAAGCUGGUGAAUGAGUACCCGCAACUGAGAGACAACACCACUACUGGGUGGAACUCCCAUUUCAUCAAACUCUCCGAGAGGUUCAAGAACAUUAGGAGACGCAUCAUGCCUGGAAGACGGCCCCGUACAUUCCACAACUCAGCGUUUGCAGUUCAUCACAUUCCUCCUCUCCCCUCCCCCGGGGAGACGGGCUCGGUGGAUAUAAGUAACAUUAAGAUUGAGAUCAACUGAGACGAGAGAGCUGUCGUCAUUGUGACGAGAGGACUCUAAUUAAACAUUUGAAAAUGCUUAGAAAUGUUUCCAUGUAUUUAUGCGAGAAGAAAACAGGUGCUCAACUCGAGUAAAAGUAGCACUUAAAAUACGGGUUGGCUAUCGAUAUAGCGCAUAGAGAUCGAUAAUCGAUGUAUGUCGGAAACGUAACUUUGAGCAAAAAUGCUAAAAAUUUCCGAAAGAAAUGAAUAUAUUACACAUCACUAGUGAAUGGUGACAUGAUUAUCAUGGAUUAUUAACAAAACAGCGUUCUGAACAUAAUUUAGAAGCAGACCACGAAUAAAGUCCUGAAUUUGUAUAUUG